AUGGAUUUCUUGCUUCUCAAGAAGAUUAGUCUCCUCUUCCUUCUCAUUUCCGCGUCACUUAUGUCUAUUUCCUUUGCAGGUCGACACGUAUCCAGUCACUCGUUUAUGGACCAAAAGCGAGCGAGUGUUACUCACGAGGAACAUCAUGGAAAAAUGAGUGAAGUCCAUGAAAGACUUCUGAGAGUGAACAACAAAGACUAUGGAAGAAUUGAUCCACCUCCAGAACUGUGUGCUAAUAGGUCAGUGAGCAAAUUGGAUCAAAAGCGAGCGAGUGUUACUCACGAGGAACAUCAUGGAAAAAUGAGUGAAGUCCAUGAAAGACUUCUGAGAGUGAACAACAAAGACUAUGGAAGAAUUGAUCCAUCUCCAGAACUGGGUUUUCAGAUCGACGGACCUCGUGAUUUGAUCUUACAAUGUACGUUCAGUUGA